AUGAAUGAUAUCUUGAAGUUAGGAGGGUUCAAUCUGGACGAGUUGGAUGUUCUUGUUGAGGAGGAGAUAAUUGAUGAUGUGCUUGGUAUCAUAUCCCAGCAAGCAUUGUUAGACGUAAGAAUUGGAAGACUUGAGGUUGUUGCUGAUCGCAUUGAAAAAAAGUUUGAUACUUUUGCAUCACAAUGCACAACUUCAUUUUCUGUGAUGGAGAAACGACUGGGAGAGAUUGGACAUAUUCUAUCCCAAUUUGUUAAUAAAUCGACGACUACGAAGGAUGUCCCGCAUGACACGGGGGGAAACAACGGAGAUGAUGAAAUUGAUCUGACGAAGGCUGACUUAGAUGAUCCACAAGCUGCAAAGGGACACCAAGCAGAGGAAAUGGCAGGUGUGGUGUUCCCCCGAAUAACCCAUAUCAAUGAUAAUGUGGAGCCCGCAAUCUACAUUUACAUAUUUGACAAAAACUUGCCAUCUGAUGAGAUUCUGGUAUCAAUUGGUGACCAUGAUCGAGGCACGAGGGGAAUGUUACAGACCCUUUCCCCACACCAAUGGCUUAGUGGAAUUGAUAAGAGUGAAGAAACUCGAAGAGAGGUGGCUAUUAACUUGGUCACCGCUGAGGAAAACAAUUUGAGAGGCAGAAUCAUACAUAUGGCACUACACACACCUUGA